AUGUACACGGCCUCAUCGGCCUUUUUUGAAGCACUGUGGGAAGCCGGCGUCACUCACUGCUUUGUAAACCUGGGAUCUGACCACCCGAGUAUUAUCGAGGCGAUGGUCAAGGGGGCUCGUGAACGGAAAGGAAAUUUUCCCAAGAUGAUUACUUGUCCCAACGAGAUGGUCGCCAUGUCCAUGGCAGAUGGCUAUGCCCGAUUAACCGGCAAACCUCAGGCCGUCAUCGUCCACGUAGACGUCGGCACACAAGGCCUUGGAGCGGCCGUUCACAACUCAGCAUGUGGCCGAGCUCCAGUUCUCAUCUUUGCCGGCUUAUCACCAUUCACGCUCGAAGGCGAACACCGUGGUACUCGCACCGAGUACAUCCACUGGAUUCAGGAUGUUCCCGACCAGAAGCAGAUUGUUGCCCAGUACUGUCGUUACACCGGUGAAUUCAAAACAGGCAAGAAUGUCAAGCAGCUGGUCAACCGUGCGCUGCAAUGGGCCAAAUCAGGACCGCAAGGCCCCGUAUAUCUGUAUGGUGCGCGAGAAGUCAUGGAGCAAGAGAUUGAACCGUACCAGCUGAGACAGAGCGACUGGAAGCCCAUAAAGCUGGGCAGCUUGCCCCAAGACGCCGUUGAUAACAUAGCAGAUGCCCUCGCCGGCGCCAAACGACCUCUCGUUCUCACCGGAUAUGGCGGCAGAAACCACGAGUUCCCUGGGGCCCUGGUCAAACUCGCCGACACAGUUCCCAACCUGAGGGUAGUCGACUGUGGAGGCAGCGAUAUGUGCUUCCCAUUCGAUCACCCCGCUUCUCUCGGCCUCAACUAUGGCGGCGAAAAGUCCAUCCCCGAUGCCGAUGUCAUUCUCGUCCUGGAUGCGGACGUGCCAUGGAUCCCUGCCCAUAUCAAGCCAAACCCAGAAGCCAGGGUAUUCCACAUCGACCUUGACCCGCUAAAGCAGCAGAUGCCCGUCUUCUACAUCGAGUCUGAAGCAACUUAUCGUGCCGACACCCAGACCGCUAUUGAGCAGCUGACCGAGGCUCUCAAGACUGGCGAGCCUGCGAAGAAGCUGCAGGCCCAGAACACGACACAAAUCGUCGAGAAGCGCAAGCAGGAGCACGAGGCACGCCUUGCCAAGAUCGCCAAGGCCGCCGAGCCUCGUUCUGAUGGCACGUUUGGAACUGGCUACUUGUGCCGGACGAUUAAGAAGCUCGUGCCGGAAGACACUCUGUUCGCCAUUGAAGCCGUGACCAACACCCUCUUUGUCUAUGACAACAUCCAGCCUUCGGUCCCCGGCACAUGGAUCAACUGCGGUGGCGGCGGUCUGGGCUGGUCUGGCGGCGGUGCGUUGGGUAUGAAGCUGGCCACGGAUGCAGAGAACGGGGGCAAGAACAAGGGCAAGUUCGUCGUUCAGAUUGUUGGUGACGGCACAUACCUCUUUACUGUUCCGGGCAGUGUCUACUGGAUCUCAAAACGCUACGGCAUUCCCAUCCUGACUAUUGUGCUCAACAACAAGGGUUGGAACGCCCCUAGACGGUCUUUGCUGCUGGUUCACCCUGAAGGACUGGGCUCCCAGGCAACCAACGAGGAGAUUAACAUCUCGUUCGAUCCCGCACCCGAUUACUCGGGCAUCGCCAAGGCGGCUGCGGAUGGUGACAUCUUCGCUGCCAGAGUGAGUGAGCUGGCUGAUCUAGAGGGCGUGCUGAAGGAGGCCAUUACGCAUGUGGAAAACGGCCAGUCAGCGGUGGUGGAUAUCAAGGUUGCGUCAGGGUGUUAG